GGCACAUCGCAGUCAGUUGUUGCCAUGUUUGCUCUUAAACGACCAGCCGUGGCUGGAAGAUCCUUUUUGAGUGUUAUCUGGACUGGUAAAAGGUCAAUUCCUGGUCUUGUUGCUGUUGAUAGAUCCUUUCUGGGUCCUCACGCAUCCUCCACCUUGAAUCACGCGCGUCCGUUUUCAUCAGGCAAAGCAAGGAUGGCGCCGCUUCUUGCACAAAACUUCCCCUCCAGCGGCUUUGAGGUUAUAGACCCGUCUGUCAAAAUUGAAGAAGAAACCCUGUCGUUCUACGAUUCGCGCAUGUUUUAUCCGGUGCGAGUGGGUGAGGUCUUCCGGGAGCGCUAUCAAGUUGUCGCCAAGCUAGGCUACGGCGCACAUUCUACAAUCUGGUUGUGCCGCGACCUUCAUGAUGACCUCUACCGGGCUCUGAAGGUGCAUAUAAAUACGCUUCAGUAUAACCGCGAGCUUGAAAUAUACCAACACCUCAAUAGCCCAGCCUUGCAGCAAUCGGACCAUGGCGGCAAAGACCAUCUUCGAGAACUCUACGACUAUUUCAGAAUUGAGGGACCGCAUGGAACCCACGACGUCUUUGUAAUGCGCCCCUUGGGGGCCGCCAUUAGGGACCUUCAGCAACUCGUGCCGGACCGCGUCUUUGAUUACCUAGCCGUGCCCGAUAUGCUUCUUCAAAUCCUUCCUACCAUUCAUUUUCUGCAUACAGAGGCGAAAAUCACUCACUCGGACAUCCACACCGGUAACUUGCUUCAGGGCGUCAAGGACGAGCAGCUAUUUGCAGAAAUCGAGGCGGACGAGCUCAGCGGAACCCCUUGCCCUCGCAAAGCCGGAGACAGGACUAUCUAUACCUCCCGAUCCUUCCACGAAGUAGUGGGCCGCCUCUAUCUUUGCGACCUCGGAAACGCCCUUUUUGCCGGUGAAGAUGUGAGGCCGGCCAUGCCCGUACAAUAUCGCGCACCCGAGGUCAUCCUUGGUAUGGAAUGGGGCCAUGCUAUCGACAUGUGGAGCGUUGGUAUGAUGGCAUGGGAUAUGAUGCAGCCUGCGGACCUGUUCAAAAUUUACGAUCCGGAGGACGAGUUUCUGAACAAUGCACACCAUCUUGCUGCAAUGAUUGCGCUUCUUGGUCCACCACCACGUGAGUUCCUGGAUCGCAGCCAGGAAUCCUUAAAGUACUGGGAUGAAAACGGUAACUGGAGGGAUAUCGUGCCUAUACCAACCAGCAGGACAUUUGAGUUCCUCGCGACGAAGCCAGAGGAUGGAGAGGAGAGGGAAUUGUUCCUCAACUUCAUCUCGGCACUACUGUGGUGGGUUCCAGAGGAGCGACUUGAUUCAUUUCAGGUGUUCUCCCACCUGUGGAUACAUCGCGCCAUGCAAAAUAUUCAGCAAGCUGAGGGUGAUGGAUCUAGCCAGGGCGGAACUGAACCACCCCCGCCUGGUAGUGGUUGAUAAGAGCUUGGUAUGGAACAGGAUGGCAGUCACCGUCUUUGAUAACGUGGAGCCAGACAGGAUGAGCUCGCGCCUCCAUUUGUAUGGGUAAAUCACCGAGUCACCACUGGCAUUGCAGGCUCAUCUAUGAGUCACUCAGCGAAGGACUAAGAGGAUGACCAGGCUGCUGGAAACAGUAGUAAUUAUAACAUUAGAGACCGGAUAUUCGC